AUGCGCUCUCCGGGAGCAGUAUCUCUCAAUGCUGCAAAGAGCCCAGCUAUAGAGGUUAUUGACUAUCCAUGCUUGUCCAAAAAAAUGUUCUUUCUGAUUUUGGAUGAGGUAAAAUCAACUGUCACUGAUCCUGGCCAAAGUCACUUGUCCACAGUUGCCAUACCCAAUUUGGAACCUGGGGGUGUUGGAGACAUAGGACUAUGGGAUGUUAGUUCAGGGAAAAAGUUGCUUUCAAGAAAUUUUAGAGUCUUGAACCUUGAUGCAGGCCCGAUGGCCUUAAAGUUCAUAUUCACUGCCGUCGUGUUCUUCAUUCAACAGGGGUUGCAUAUGCAAAGCGCAUUGUGCAAUUAUAUUCUUAUACUGGAGGCAACAACAAUUGGAAGUCAUGAAGCUCCUGUCUAUUCUGUCUGUGCUCAUACCAAAGAAAAUGUCCAUGUAAGGGCCACUUUGGGUAUUGAUGUUGUGGUUCUGUGCAGUACCAAACUGGCACAUAGUGCUGAUAUUCAAAGUCCUAGAUCGAGGACACAAUACAAAGAUCAUAGUAACCAGUACUGUGUUGUCUACUGGACUGCUGAUCCUGGGCCUAACCCUGCUAUUAUAUCUAAGGUUCCAUGCUACAUUAUUUACUUCACUACGUACUUCACAGGAGAACUGAAGCCCGGCCAAAAGGAAGAUCUGGAAUUACCAUUAUUUGACUUGGCCGCUGUUGUUUGUGCAACCAAAAACUUUUCAAACAACAAUAAACUUGGAGAAGGUGGUUUCGGAUCAGUCUUUAAGCAAACAAGAGGGCAUGAUCAAAUGUCAAAAUCUAUAACAGAAAUGCAAUAUAAUAUCCAAAGAAUGAAAAGCAGUCCAACCAAGUAG